AUGGAGAGCAUUCGUUACAACAUCAGUUCUACGGAUGAUCCUUUUUCCCCUUACCAGGCCCCCUCAAAACACUUCGGUCGAAUCCUAUCCGAUAUCAUCAAUCACCCUUAUCCGCCAGUACCGAGCAAACUCCCAAUCAGCCAAAGUCUAUUCGAAUUCACCUUGAGGCCAGAGCUUCCAUUCACUAUUGUAUGCGUUUAUCUGGCUUUGAUAGCUAUUCUCAACAAAAGGCAAGAUGGAAAGAAUCGUAUGAAGGAACCUUGGUGGAAAGCUGUCUUGUUGCUGCAUAACAUAUUAUUGGCUGUCUACAGUGGCUGGACUUUCCUGGGCACGGGACCCGCUACGAUCAAUUAUUUUCUGAGAGGCUAUCAAACCGCUGGGGUUCCAGGACUGGUCCACAACUUUUGCGACAGCUCAAUGGUUCUUUGGGACGACGUCUUAGCGAGGUACACCUACAUAUUCUACUUGAGCAAAUUCUGGGAAAUCCUGGACACUUUGAUUUUGAUUGGAAAAGGGAAAAAAGCAAGCAUAUUGCAAGAAUACCAUCAUGCCGGGGCUAUUCUGACCGUUUGGAGUGGUGCCAGAUAUGAAUCGCCGGCGGCUUGGCUUUUCGUUGUUUUCAAUAGUCUCGUGCACACCAUCAUGUACACGUAUUACGCGCUUUCGGUAGUCCACAUCCCGGUCCCAGGAGUCUUAAAACGUUUAUUGACCAAGAUUCAGAUCACUCAAUUCCUGGUGGGAGGAAGCCUGGGUGCUCUCACUUUGUUACUACGGCUGCCCAAAGAGUUGGGGGAGAAAUUCGAGUGGCAACCCCUAUUGGAAAACCAUCCGUUGGCAUCAGACAGAUUAGGAUCAGGAUUUCAAGAAGACUUUUGUCUCCAUACACCCGGCCAAAUGGUGACCGUAGUUGGCGGGGUAGGAUAUCUGAUCCCAUUGACCGCACUUUUUGUCUCAUUUUACAUCCAAGCCUACCAAAGAAAAAAAACCAGUCAUAAAAAGUGUUUAGUUGAUCCGACUGAAAAGAAAGCUUCUGUUGAGAAGCACUAG